GUGGCGGCGGCGGCCGGCGGGGAGGGAGAAGCGCGGUGCACCGCCGCGCCCCGCCCGCCCCUUCCCGCUGGAGGCAGCGCCACGUCUCGGGCGGCAGCCGGGCGGGCGGCCACAGGGAAUGAGGAUCCUUGCUGAUUAAAGCUUUGGCCGUAAGCUGUUUUCAUGAUCUGGAAUCAUCAGCUGCCUGCUGCUCACCAAGAGCUGAAAGCUCAGAACUGUGCCCUGCAUAACACCUUGAUGCUGUUGCUAAUGGAGAGAAACUGGACUCGGUAGUUUGCUUGGCAGCACAUUUAGAAGAAAUACUUUCCUGUGAUCUGGAUUGUUUUUACCAUGGAAUCCUCAUCCAUGCAGCAGGAUGUUCUGUUGGACAACAGGAGCAGCAGUGGGGCUCCUGGCACCUCUCAAGAACAUGGGGAUUGUAACGCCAAGUCAGCUUUGCGUGUUACAGGAGAUGAAGUUAACCCCACCAGUGUUAACCUCAGCGAAGUGCCAAAUGAAGAGGGAAGUCUGGAGCUAAACAGCAAAGCGGACGCCUGCCAGAAUGGGCCAGAGUUGCUCUUCCCUGACUCUCCCAUAUCUUUUGAUCCCACCAGCAGUCCUCAGGGUCAAGAGUCAUCCCCAGGUGUGCCUGGUUUCCAUGACAGCCUAAGGAAGUCUCAGGGAACUAGUGCUGAGGGCAUAGCUCUUAGAAAAGAAGCUUUGCAGUCUCUCAAACUAAGCCUUCCCAUGCAAGAAACAGAAUUGUGCUCAGCAGAGGCUUCCCUCCCAUUGGAGAAUGAAGAACAAAUACGACUUCAAGCAAGAAGACGGCUAGAAGAGCAGCUCAGACAGUACAGGGUGAAGAGACAUCAGGAGAGAUCUAACCAGUCUACAUCCAAGAGCCGGCCCUCCAGCACACUGGAUCCUGAGCUGAUGUUAAACCCAGAAAUCUUACCAAGGGCUAGCACUGUAGCAAUGACGAAGGAAUACUCCUUUUUGCGGACCAGUGUCCCCAGGGGGCCGAAACUGGGAAGCCUGGGACUUCCAGCAUCUUCAAAAGAGAGAAAAAGUUCAAAGUCUUCGAAGUCCACUAAGAUCCGGUCCUUGGCUGACUACAGAACUGAAGAUUCAGGCUCUGGGAGUUCUGCAGGGAAUCUUGUGGCUACCGAUUUACCUGGUGGGACUUUGAAGCAAAGCAGAAGUGGUCCAGCAUCAGUUGUUUCUGAGAUUAGUCUGCCUUUUGACACAGAUGAUCGAAUAGAGGAUUCCUCCUUAGCAGGAGAUAGCGUUUCAGAGAUUGAUGGAAGUGAAGUGGGAAUGAGGCUGGAUGGAAAUGAAAGCGACAGCUCUACCUACAGCAGCGUAUCAGGAAAGGGGCUGUAUAACAAUUUACCAAAUUCAGAAGGCAAACAGAGAAUUCCAUACACAAUAAAUGGUCAGAAGAUACAUCCUGAUGCGAUAGGACAAUUUCCUUCCAUCAGUGAAGUGCUACAGGCUGCAGCAGUGGAGCACCAAGCCCAAGAGCAAGAAUUUAAUGGGGAAAUACGGAGCCGGAGAGACAGUAUUUCUAGCAGUGUAUCUAUGGAAAGCUCUGUCGCAGGAACUCAUGACGAAAUGUUGCAGGUGCUAAAGGAGAAGAUGAGACUUGAAGGACAACUAGAGGCACUUUCUGUAGAAGCUAAUCAGGCUCUGAAAGAGAAGGCUGAGCUGCAGGCCCAACUUGCAGCUUUGAACAUGAAGCUUCAGGCGCAGGUGGAGCACAGCCAAAGCAGCCAACAGAAGCAGGAGUCACUGAGCUCCGAAGUGGCCACAUUAAAGCAGUCUUGCUGGGACCUGGAACGAGCAAUGGCUGACCUGCAAAACACCUUGGAAGCAAAGAACGCUAGUUUGGCUUCUUCAAAUAAUGAUUUGCAGCUAGCAGAGGAGCAGUACCAAAGACUCAUGCUGAAAGUUGAAGAUAUGCAAAAAAGUGUUCUCACCAGAGACAGCACAGUUCAUGAUCUGCGACAGCAGUUAGCUUCCUUACAGAACCAACUUCAGAAAGUGCAGCUGGAACGAACCACGCUGACCAAUAAGCUGAAAGCAUCUGAAACAGAAAUCACUUCUCUCCAGAAUGUGCGACAGUGGUACCAGCAGCAGCUGGUUCUUGCACAGGAGGCUCGAGUCAGGCUGCAGAGCGAGAUGGCCAAUAUACAGGCUGGGCAAAUGACCCAAGCAGGUGUGUUGGAACAUCUCAAACUGGAGAAUGUGGCAUUGUCUCAGCAGUUGACUGAAACCCAGCACAGAUCUAUUAAAGAAAAGGAACGUAUUGCAGCACAGCUGCAGAAUAUUGAGGCUGACAUGUUGGACCAAGAAGCUGCUUUCAUGCAGAUCCAAGAGGCUAAAACCAUGGUGGAAGAAGACUUGCAGAGAAAACUAGAGGAGUUUGAGGAUGAGAAAGAACAGCUUCAGAAAAUGGCUGACUCUGCAGCAACUUUGGAGCAAGAGCUGGAUCAGGUCAAACUGACUUUGCAUCAGAGAGAUUUGCAGCUUGAAUCUUUACAGCAAGAGCACCUAGAUCUAAUGAAACAAUUCACCGUGACCCAAGAGAUGUUGCAUACCAAAGAACAGACCCUGGAUGACCUGCAAACUCAGUAUGAUGAACUGAAGGCCAGAUUAGAAGAGUUCCAAAGUGAUGCUACUUCUAAAGAUGACAUGAUACAGUAUUUGCAAAAUGAGAAGAUUGUCUUGGAAGUUGCUCUGCAGACAGCAAAAGCAAGCCAAGAGCAACUUGAUGAAGGAACAAAACGCCUUGGAGAAGAUACAGAAGUAACAUCAGAAAUCUUGGAACAGUUGAGACAAGAGAUGGCAAUUAAGUCAAGCCAGGUAGAAAAUCUGCAACAGGAAAAUGGCAGCCUUAAAAAACAGGUUCAAAAAGUGAAGGAACAGUUCCUACAGCAGAAGGUAAUGGUGGAAGCUUAUCGAAGAGAUGCAAGUUCUAAGGACCAGCUGAUUAGUGAACUGAAAGCUACGAAGAAGCGCCUGGACGCGGAAAUGAAAGAGUUAAAACGAGAACUGCUACAAAUUCAAGUAGAAAAGCAGUCACUGGAAUCUGAACAUUCAAAACUACAGAAGGAAGUGACUGAGGUUCGCCAGCAGAUGGUGGAAAUAGAGAAUCAUCUUCAGUCCGUGCAGAAAGAACGAGAUGAAAUGGAAACACGCCUACAGUCUCUGCAGUUUGAUAAGGAGCAAAUGGCAUCUCUUGCUGAGGCAAAUCAGACAUUAAAACUGCAAGUAGAACAAAUGCAAGAAGAAGCAAAGAAGGCCAUUACUGAGCAGAAACAGAAAAUGAAGCGUCUAGGGUCAGAUCUGACAAGUGCUCAGAAGGAGAUGAAAGCAAAGCAUAAAGCCUAUGAGAAUGCAGUCAGCAUUCUGAGUCGGCGACUGCAGGAAUCCCUCACUGCAAAGGAGUCUGCUGAAGCAGAGCUGAGCAAGCUAAAAGCGCAAAUCACUGAUGGUGGAAGCAACCAGAUUGCUCAAGAAAGGAUUCAAGCCCUGGAGACAGAAUUGCAAGCUGUUAGAAGCAGUAAGUUGAUGCUGGAAAAAGAGUUGCAAGAAGUGAUUUCACUUACCAGCCAAGAGCUUGAGGAAUACAGAGAGAAAGUGCUGGAACUUGAGGAUGAGCUUCAGGAGUCUCGAGGGUUCAGGAGGAAGAUAAAACGUUUAGAAGAGAUUAACAAGAAGUUGGCCCUUGAACUGGAACAUGAACGUGGAAAACUCACAGGCCUUAGUCAGUCUAAUGCUGCUUUGCGAGAGCACAACAAUGUUCUAGAAACAGCGUUAGCAAAAAGAGAAGCAGAUUUGGUCCAACUGAAUCUACAGGUUCAGGCAGUCCUAAAGCGGAAGGAGGAAGAGGACCAGCAAAUGCAACAACUUAUUCAAGCUUUACAGGCUUCCUUGGAGAAAGAAAAGUCGAAAGUUAAAGACCUUAAGGAGCAGGUAGCAGCAGCCAAAGCAGAUGCAGCACACAACCGCCGUCAUUACAGAGCUGCUGCCCUUGAGCUCAAUGAGGUCAAGAAAGAGCUACAUGCCAAAGAACUGCUUGUCCAAGCCCUUCAGGCUGAAGUGGACAAACUGCAGGUAGAGGAUGAGAAGCAUUCCCAGGAAGUAUCACAGUUUCAGCAAGAGCUGGCAGAAGCCAGAUCUCAGCUCCAACUUCUGCAGAGACAGCUGGAUGAAAAGCUGAGUGAGCAGCCUUUAGUAAGCCAAGAGGUGGAAGACCUCAAGUGGGAAGUAGAACAAAAAGAAAGAGAAAUUGAAACACUUAAGCAGCAGUUGGAUAUGAGUGAGCAGCGCAGCCAUAAGGAACUGGAAGGGAUGCAAGUUGUCCUGCAGAAUAUCAAGACUGAGUUGGAAAUGGUGAGAGAAGAUCUGUCGGUGACUCAAAAGGAUAAGUUUAUGCUGCAGGCUAAAGUGAGUGAACUGAAGAACAGCAUGAAGUCACUGCUGCAGCAGAACCAGCAACUGAAGAUGGACCUGAAGCAUGGCAAGAUGAAGAAGAGGAAAGGAGAGAACAAUUCUUCAAAUCCUGUGACUCCAGUCAAGAUCCCAGAUUGCCCAGUGCCUGCUGCCUUGCUGGAAGAACUGUUAAAACCAUCGACAGCUGUGAGCAAGGAGCCUUUAAAAAAUCUGAACAGCUGUCUGCGGCAAUUGAAGCAAGAAAUGGACAGUCUUCAGCGUCAGAUGGAGGAACACACCAUUACAGUGCAUGAAUCAAUGUCUUCAUGGACUCAGAUUGAGGAGCAGCUAAUGGACUUUACCUCCACUGGUCCUGCAGCUGCUUCAGAGCAUCAGGAGCGUCCUGCUUUGGUUGAAAAGAAGCAGAAUUGCGAUGUUAGCGACAAGGAAGCUUUGACACUAUAACCUCCUCAGCAGUUGUCUUUCUUCCUAUUGCUUUAAGUGUGUAAACAAAUCUUUAUCAGAAAUAUUUAUUUAUUUCGUUUUUAAACUGGUCUUCAGAAUUUUGCUUUUGCCUGUAGAAUUAAAAGGCACGGUUUAUGACAUCAGCAUAAUAGUAAGUGCAGAAUGUGCUGUUCUAAGGGUUUGUUUGAAAGCUUACUGUAAUGAAACUUCAUUGUAAUAAUUCUACCAUACUGGGGACUGCCAAGUGAGAAAUCUGGCUUGUUUUUGGGUUUAGUGAGAGGUUAAGUUGAAGACUUGCAUUGAGCCCCAGAAGACCAUCUGCUUCCAGGUCUGCAUUUGUUUAAUCUGGGUAAAUUUGUUAGCAGAUGACAGUUAAUUAUGCUUCAUCUGUUUUUUGUUCUGUUUAGUUCUUUUUUCUUUGGGUUGAGGGUCAGAUUUUUGUUUUUCUCUCUUUGUGGGCUGUGUCCAGAGCACAGAAAAAAAGAGAAGUCCUGCUCAUGUUCAGCUGCAGGCAGUGGUUGAAAAAUGGCUACUCCUACUAGAACAUUAUCCUUCCCCACACCUAUAAUCUCUUUAAAUUUGAGAUUACAGGUGUCUGUAUUUAAAAAUUAAAAAAAAAAAAGAAGCAUUUGAAGCCCUUUCUAGCUAUAAA